AUGGUUCUUCCAGGCUUGGACGGCCUGGACACGCCCAGGACGAAUGUUGGGGACGCGACAUACCUCAAACAACCAGACUUUGACAUGACACAGGAGCCGUCAUUUCAGUCCCCCUCGAAAGACAACAACAUAUUUCAGACGAUACAGAAUGGCGGUCGGCCGAACCUCAGGACGCCACGCGGUGGACGGGGCGCCCUCGGUGAGAGGAGGAAUCUUCCUGCCGGUUUGGGAGGCGCCGAGUUCACCCCAAUGCUCAAGUCGGCAACACGAAACAGCGCGCGACGAUACCGUGGAAAAGAGAACGGUUUGGCCACCCCGGCUUUCCUCGACAAGAUCAACGAAGACAUGACACCCGUCCCCGACAUCAGCUCCUUCGGUGCUUCGCGAAACGGGUCCUCCUUCAUGGACGCGACCCCCCUCCCUCAGGUCGAGAGCAGCAGCGCGGCAUCAACGCCUCUGGUCAUGCGUACACGGGUAGAUGGCAAAGGACCCCUACAAGAUGGGAACCAGCUUUCGCUUCGAGAACAGGAGAACGUCAUCGAUAGGAUCGAGAAGGAGAAUUUUGGGCUCAAGCUGAAAAUUCAUUUCCUGGAAGAGGCACUGCGCAAGGCCGGCCCCGGCUUUAGCGAAGCCGCACUCAAGGAGAACACCGACCUUAAGGUGGACAAAGUUACGAUGCAACGCGAGCUGCAACGUUACAAGAAGCACCUGACCACAGCGGAGAAGGAGCUUGAGGGCUAUCGGCAGCAGAUUCUCGAGAUGCAAGACAAAGCCAAGAGGAAGUACUUGGACGAGAAUCAACGCGCUGAGCUAGAACGUCUGCGCCAAGAGCUCGAGGACAAGGAAGCCGAUAUCGAGGAUCUACAGAGACAAGUUGAUGGGGAUCAACAAGACAACGACCGGUUAGAGAAACUGCAGGACGAUAUCGCUGACCUGGAAGCCGAGAUCCGCGAAAAGGAUCGGAUCAUCAGUGAACAUGAGGACGAGCUCGACGACCUCAGGGCUAAAGCCGAUUCUGCCGAGGACCGGAUGAAGGAUGCUCAGCGUCGCAUCAUUGAGCUUGAGGAGCAAGCGCGAUCGAGUGAGCAACUAGAUGAGGCCAAGGAUACCAUUGAGGAUCUAGAAGCCAAUAUCCGGGAUCUGGAGCAACAACUUGACAGUAUGAAGGACAAACUCGAGGAGGCGGUCUCUGAGAAGGAUCGCGCGGAGAACGACCUCGAGGAACUCCAGGAGGAGAUGGCCAACAAGUCCGUCGUGACCAAAGGUCUUUCUCGCCAGGUGGAAGAGAAGGUAUCUCGUCUCCAGAAUGAGCUGGACAACGUCCGCCAGGAAAACUCAGAACUGGGGCAACAACUCGAGCUGAAGCGGAAAGAAAACGACGAUCUGAGGAACAAGGUCAAGGACGCGCGCCAAGAGCGUGACACAGCCGACCGAGAGCGCCGGGUGCAGGCCGCCAAAUUGGAGGAAGCCCAGAACGAAUUGCACACAGUACUUGAUCAGAAAGCCCUUCUGCAGACUCGCCACGACGCACUAACCAACGAGUCGGCGUCCUUGCAACGUGACGUCUCCAAGCUGCAAAGGACUGUGGCCCAAUUAGAGGACGACCUUGAACGUGAAAAGCAACACGCGCUCAACAUCGAACGCGACAUCCGCUCUCAAUACAAGACCGAAAUUGAUCGCCUGAACGAUGAUAUUUCUGACCUUCAGGCAGAGGUCCGCGAAAAGGAGAAUCUCUACGAUAACGACAGUGAAAAAUGGGAAACUGAGCGACACAAUCUCGAGUCUGAGCGUGAUCGUGCCGAGGAGCGGGCCGCUGGCCUCCAGCGAACGAUCGAGAGGCUGCGCGAAACCGAAGGGACACUGAGCAGCAAAGAAACGAAGCUGCAGGAGGCAAUCCAGAGUGAGACUGAACGGCACCGCAGCGAGGAAGCUAUUCUCGGCCGACAGAUUGCCGAUCUGCAGCAAGACUUGGAAGGGCGACAGGUGCUGCUUGAGAGUCUGCGGAGUGAGCUAUCCACAGUUCGGGAUGAGCUUCGUCAGACCGGCCUCGACUACCAUGCCCAGACCAAGAAGGUCGAAAGCCUAGAGGAUGAGCUCGAUGUGCUUCAAGCCGCAUUAGACGAGUCCGAGAAAGGUGGAAGGGAUUCCAUUUCUAUCAAGCAAGAAUGCGACGACCUCAGACGAAAGCUGGCAGCGGCAGAAGCGGCUACUAAGGAUGUCCGUGUCUCUUCCUCUGCUACGCAGGAAUCAGCGAGGCACAGCAAUGAACUCGCGGAUAAACUCAAGUCCCAACUGACCGAGUCGACGUCAAAUCUCAGCAAAGUCACCAAGGAGAAGCAGGCACUACAAGACCAGCUCGCGAACCUCAACAUCGAACUUCACUCCCUGCGUACCUCGGUCGCCGAGACACAGGCUGAACGUGAUGAGAUUGAAGGCCAACUCCGGCGCUUCAAGGCGCAGGGCGAAGACACGUACAAGCUUGAUCAGGAACGUAUCGACCUCCGGACAGCCAAGAUGAAACUCGACAAUGAAGUCAGAAGACUCAGAGACGAGAACAGGUCCCUGGUUGAUCAACGCCAGGGUCUUGAGAAGUCGCUGGAGGACGAGAUUGAGAAGGCCGCAGCCGAAGAAGAACGCCUCGGUCUAGAGAUACAGCAGCUUCAAGCCAAGCUCAGACAGCACUCGGAGUCACAAGACCUAGCUACUGCGCGUCGCACCAUCCGUGAGCUGGAGCGGCGCAUUCAAGAUCUUGAAGCGCAGCUGGCGGCUACUCAGACCUUGCCCAAUCUCAACAUCGGCGAUAGCUCCGAGCUGUCCCUCAUGCGCCGCGAUCUAUCGGAGGCACGACAAAAGGAACGCGACUAUCUCCAACGAGAGGCCUCUCACAAGGAGACCAUCAAGACUCUCAAACGCCAAAUAACCGAUCUCGAGCGAGCCGCACACCAAGCUGAGAUCGAUCGCCUGAUUGCCUCACCCAGAUCGGACAGCAGCUCCGCCCGCAAGAGCGAGGUCUCUGAGCUCCGCCACCAGCUGUCUACAGCACAUCAGUCCCUGAACGAGUUCAAGAAGUUGCUCCGCGAGUCAGAGCGCAAGGCCGCGUCGAAGGAACGCGAGCUGCAAACGCGUCUCGAGGAAAUUGACGACGAGCGUAUGGCGCUCGAGCAAGCCCUCGACGACGCAGAGGCUGUCGCGGCCGAGGCGGCCGAGACACACAUCCAAGAGCUCGCCCGCCUGCAGAGCAAGACGGACAAGUACAAGCGCGAGCGCGACCAGUACGCGGCCGAGCUCGCAGCGGCCCAGCAGAACAACUACACCGGAGGCAGCAGCAACGGCGGCGGCAGCGAGGUCAGCAAGGAGGAGCGGCGGGACCUGCACGCCAUGCUGCGCAAGACGCAGGUCGAGGCCGACGGCCUGGAGCGCGAGGUCCGCGAGGUCCGCGACGCGCUGGCCGAGGUGACGCGGGCCGAGGAGGCGCUGCGCAAGAAGCUCGACCGGGCGCGCAGCGAGCGCGCCAUGUACCGCGCCGACGCCGAGAGGCUGGAGCGUCAGGUCAAGUCGCUGCAGGUCGAGCAGGCCGAGGAGGCCGCCGCCCUGGCAGCGGCCGACGUGUCGGACGUGACGCCGACGACGGGGGCCGCCGCGGUGGAUGCGGACGCGCUGGUGCGCGCGUCGGAGCAGCAGCAGCAGAGGCACAGGAGGGAGCUGCGGGCCAUGUGCAUGCAGGCCGAGUGGUUGCAGGCGCGGUGGGAGCGCGAGCACAAGCUGCGCAGCGACGCGGCGUUUGCCAAGCGGUACCUGCUGCUCGAGCUUAGCGUCAGGGAUGCAUGCAACAAAGCCGACCUCGCAGCCCUCAAGAAGAUCCUCGUCGAGCUCGGCGUCGAGAACUUCCCGCCCCCGGCCUCGCCGGCGACCCUACCCGGCAGCAACAACAGCAACAGCAACAAGCGCAGCUCGUCGUCGGCCGCCGCCGCCACCAUCAUCGGCGCCGGCGCGCGCAGGGCCGCGACAAACACGAUCUCGUCCCCUGCGCUGCGCAGGCUCGCCAUCGUGCUGCGCUUCGUGGCGCGGGCGCGCCUCGCCGCCGGCAGGUGGGCCACGCACCAGGCCUCGCGGCAGAGGCUCGUCGCGGCCGCGACGGAGGAGAGGAAGGAGGCGCGCUUGGCCCGCCUGCGGGGGGAGUGGCUGGCCGGCAGGAAGGGCGCCGCGUCGUCGUCGUCGUCGCCGCCGUCGCCACCGCCUAUUGUUCCGGCCCGGGAGCGCGUGCCGUCGGGUGGUUCUGGUGCCGCGGCGGCGUCCAAGAGGCGGAGCGGCGGGGCCAGGGCCUGA